AUGUUUGAAUAUUAUAUGGGUGCUUACUUCAGCCUCGACCCUUGGAUUUUGUCUCUUAUCCUAACUCUAAGCUACAUGAAUCCCCUCUUGAGGAGCUCGUGGGCAGUGGGACGGGAAAGUGGGGUGUCAGUUCCGGGGGGGUGUCAGUUCUGUAACUUUUGUGGGCCGGUUGAGCAGGGCAUUCAUCGCCAAGCGCGCCCCAAAAGUUCUAGACGUUUGAGAGGAGCCCCCGAACUCGCGGGGUCCCCCCGGCGGAGGACCGCACGGGGCGGGGUGGGGCGGGGCGGGCUCGGGUUGCGGGCUGCGCGCCGGGCGCCGCGGCCGCACAGCGGGGCGGCACCUCCCUCCGAGAGCCGCGCGGGGAAGCAGCGGCACGGCGUCCAGGCAGCAGCGGCUCCGGAGCGCGGCGGGGCGGCGGCUCGGCCCUGGGCAGCGCGGGGCAGCGCCAGCCGGGCCGAGGAGCGAGCUCUCCCUUCUCCAGCUCGCAGCCCUACUAACCAAGGUUUCAUUGAACUGCACCAGACCUCUCAUCUGGGGACCCUGCCCCUGCCCUUCCCGCUGCACGUUGGAUUUGGAUCGGCACAGCCUCACCUGGUUCGUUUCGGUCAUUGCCAUGACCUACCUGACCCCUCGUGCGUGAUUCCCACAGCAGACUCCUGGCAGUUUUGGUUUCAGCUAUCAAUGGGGAGCACAUCUGUAGGGGGCCUGGUGAUCGAUGAAACAGAACUAAGGAUCACUGCUAGAACCACCAUGGGAACAAGAGUGACCUUGUGGAAAAGAGCUCAGGGCAUGGGUUCAAUAAGGACACAGCAGGCAGCAGCAGGGGGCCUUAUUGCAGGAGAUUAA